AACGCUCGGUCUGCAGCUCGGAUAUCCAGGUCACCAGGGCUGGACUAUGCCCCCCUCUCCCUCCCUUCCCCCUCCCAGUGCAAACGAACCGAGGGCAGCAAUGCGACCCCCGUUUGCGUGUGCGCGGGGUGGCGGGGGGAGCACGGGUGGAUAACGGGGCGCCGAGGAGCGCGUGAGAGAGGCCGGGAGAGCGGAGGAGACUGAGGAGCUGUUUGAAAUCCCAAGCAAGAGGCCCACAGGAAACAGACUCUCCAGCCCGCAGUUAAAUCUGACCUCUUGGCUGCCGAUCAAAAAGCGUUCCCUGCGAAUACCAUAGCGUCUCUGUUCCAGCCAGGCGGGCGGACGCGGGAGUGAGGGGUGGGAGCAACUCGCCGCGGCCUGCAGGCACGGGAGGGGGGCCGCCGCCGAACACGCACGCGGGCCCCGCAGUGCCCACGCCACGGAGCUGGGAGCGGCGGUGCCGAACCGUGGGCACCCUCCGUCCCGCGCCCCCUGCCUCCGCAGGAUCUGUUGCGAAAGCGGAGGCUCGGGAAGGGGGAUGAUGGCUGGGGCCCCGGCUUCGGCGUGAUGCCAGGCUCCCGCCCGCGCACGCAGCCCCACGCCAGCUCCUGAUCCUGGGGACGGCCCCCCCGACCUGGGUUUUAUGGAGGAGCUGUGCCCGUGUCCCCGGGGCCCCGGCAGAAGCGACCACGCAGGCUGCCAGCCCUCCCGGCACGGCGUGGUGGCCGCGCGGCAGCCGGAGAUCUGCAGAGUGCCUGCCGGCGGGGACCAGCUGCGAUGACCUGUGCGCAGCGUCCUGCUCUCUCCCCCUCCGGGUCCAUCUGAGAGACUUCAGUGUCCAGCUCUGGGCUGACCCACGGGAGCGGAUCCUGCGCCUCGGCCUGUCUCGUGGGCGGCCGACGGGGUCGGGGCAGCCCCAGCCCAGCGUGGUGCUCGCUCAUGCUGGAGGAGCCGGUGCUGCCACGAACCGGGACAGCCGUGUGAUGCGUGCAGGAGUCUUGCCAAGGGCCGUGGUCUCCUGCUCUGCGUCCCCUCCUGCACUUACCCUGGCAGGGCCAGGACUAGAGCUCCCGGGACUUACUCUCAGCCUGCGCCUGGAGAGCCGGCAGCGCCCGGCCGGCAGGAGCAGAGAUGCAUCGCUUCGAGGCCCUGCGCCGCUCCCUGCCCUUCCUGGCCCACUUCCGCGUCUACCGUAAGCUGAGCUGCAGCAUGCAGGCAGACGAGGGCACAGACUGGCUCCUGGAGCUGCUGACGGAGGUGCAGCUGCAGCAGUACUUCCUUCGCAUCCGGGACGACCUCAACGUCACCCGCCUCUCACACUUCGAGUAUGUCAAGAAUGAGGACCUGGAGAAGAUCGGUAUGGGGCGCCCGGGCCAACGACGGCUGUGGGAGGCCGUGAAGAGGAGGAAAGCCAUGUGCAAGCGCAAGUCGUGGAUGAGCAAGGUGUUCAGCGGGAAGCGCCCCGAGUCGGAGUUCCCCCCCCAGCCCCAAAGCACCUUCCGGAAGCCGCCCACACCUCCGCCGCCCCCUGAGGGGACCAGCCAGCCCGCCCUGACCUGCCUCAUCAGCGAGCGGGACCUGACGCUGCUCGAGAAGCUGGGCGACGGCUCCUUCGGCGUGGUGCGGCGCGGCGAGUGGUCCACGCCCUCCGGCAAGACGCUCAGCGUGGCCGUGAAGUGCCUCAAGACAGACGUGCUGAGCCAGCCCGAGGUGCUGGACGACUUCAUCCGGGAGGUGAACGCCAUGCACUCCCUGGACCACCGCAACCUGAUCCGGCUCUACGGCGUCGUGCUCUCCCACCCCAUGAAGAUGGUGACAGAGCUGGCGCCGCUGGGCUCCCUGCUGGACCGGCUGCGGAAGAACCAGGGCCACUUCCUCAUCGCCACACUGUGCCGCUACGCCGUGCAGAUCGCCAAGGGCAUGGCCUACCUGGAGUCCAAGCGCUUUAUCCACCGCGACCUGGCCGCCCGCAACAUCCUCCUGGCUGCCAACGACUUGGUCAAGAUUGGCGACUUCGGACUCAUGCGGGCCCUGCCCAAGAACGACGACCACUACGUUAUGCAGGAGCACCGCAAGGUGCCCUUUGCCUGGUGUGCCCCCGAGAGCCUGAAGACACGCACCUUCUCGCACGCCAGUGAUACCUGGAUGUUUGGGGUGACCCUCUGGGAGAUGUUCACCUACGGGCAGGAGCCCUGGAUCGGCCUCAACGGCAGCCAGAUCCUGCACAAGAUUGACAAGGAGGGGGAGCGGCUGCCACGGCCCGAGGACUGUCCCCAGGACAUCUACAACGUCAUGCUGCAGUGCUGGGCCCACAAGCCUGAGGACCGACCCACCUUCCUGGCCCUGCGUGACUUCUUAGUGGAGGCUCAGCCGACGGACAUGAGGGCGCUCCAGGACUUCGAGGAACCCGACAAGCUGCACAUCCAGAUGAACGACGUCAUCACAGUCAUCGAGGGCAGGGCUGAGAAUUACUGGUGGCGGGGUCAGAAUAAGCGGACCCUAAACGUGGGGCAGUUCCCCCGAAAUACGGUGACCUCGGUGGCCGGGCUGUCGGCCCACGACAUCAGCCAGCCGCUUAAAAACAGCUUCAUCCACACGGGGCAUGGAGACACCAACCCCCAGCACUGCUGGGGCUUCCCCGAUAAGAUUGAUGAGCUCUACCUGGGAAAUCCCAUGGACCCUCCAGACCUUCUAGGCGUGGACCUGAACGCGGCCAGACCCACCCAGCUCCCGGGAAGGGCUAAAAGGGAGCCGCCGCCUCGGCCGCCUCAGCCCACGAUCCUGCUUAAGAAGCCCUCGUACGACCCCGUCAGCGAGGACGACGACGGCCUCUCUGCAGGGCUCAAGAGGCUGUGCCUGAAGAAGCCGGGCCCACCGCGGGGGCUGCGACUGGUGAAGCCGUCGGCCCGCGUGCCAGGCACCAAGGUGGGUGAGCGCCAGACCGGCCGGGCAAAGGGGGAGACGGCACCAGGCAGCGAGGUGACGCUUAUCGACUUCGAGGAGGAGCUGCCCCCCCUGACGCCCUCACCCGGCAGGGAGCUGGGCGCCCCGUCCCUCGCCAGGCUGGCCAUGGAGGCCUUCUCGCUGCUGGACAAGACGCCCCCCCAGAGCCCCACGCGAGCGCUGCCCAGGCCGCUGCACCCCACGCCAGUGGUAGACUGGGACGCACGGCCCCUGCCGCCACCUCCCGCCUACGACGACGUGGCUCAGGACGAGGACGACUUCGAGGUGUGCUCCAUCAACAGCGCCGAGGCCCUGAGCGGGCCGCGAGCCGCCCAACACGGGCUGGCAGGGCCUCCCCACGCCUGGGACAGAGGUGAAACCAACUAUGGCUUCGAGGGCGAGAAUGCAGCGGCAGCUGCGGAGAGGGGCUCGCUGCUGCUGGAGGAUAACCUCUUCCUGCCCCCGAAGCCGGCCAAGCAGCCCAGCCUGUCGCAGACCACGGAGAUCUUCGAGGAGCUGCAGCAGGAGUGCAUGAAGCGUCUGCACGUGCCCCCGGGGCCCGGCUCUCUGGCCUCCACACCCAGCCCCUGCGAGGACAAGCCACAAGUGCCACCCCGUGUGCCCAUCCCGCCCCGGCCUCUGCGGUGCAACGAGCACGGGCGCUGGUCAGGGGAGCUGUCCCCGGCCUCAGGGGGCGAGGACGACCGCCCGCCGCAGCUGCCGCCCCGCGGCCCGCCGCAGCUGCCGCCCCGCGACCCGCUGUCGCAGCCCGGCUCGCGGACGCCCAGCCCCAUGGCGCCGACGGCAGGGUCCCCCCAGCCCCGGGGCUGCACCCUCUCCACCUCUCCCGGGAAGCCCAUGCCCACCACGCAGAGCUUCGCCUUGGACCCCAAGUACGCCACCCCCAAGGUGAUCCAGGCGCAGGGCAAGGAGGGGCUGCGGGGGCCCUGCAUCCUGCCCAUCGUGAAGGAUGGCAAGAAGGUCAGCAGCACCCACUACUACCUGCUGCCCGAGCGCCCGUCCUACCUGGACAAGUACGAAAAGUUCUUCAAGGUCGAGAGCCCCGAGGAGGCCCCGGCUGCGGCCCCGGCUCUGGCUCCAGCUCCUGCCCGCGUGGUCACCACCGCCACCGUGCGGCCCAUGGUGCAGCAGCCGGACAGCCGGGCCAACUUCUCCUCCAACAACAGCAACCGGUGCACUGUGCGCACCUCCUGCAGCCACCAGAAGAUCAUCUACGACGGGGCUGACACCUUCCGGCCCUCCGACAAGAUCCGCCUGGUCCAAGACACGGUGCACGGCGUGACGACCGAGGAGUGCCAGGCCGCCCUGCAGAGCCACGGCUGGAACGUCCAGCGCGCCAUCCAGUACCUGAAGGUGGAGCAGCUCUUCUGCCUGGGGUUGAAGUCCCGAGUGGAGUGCCACAAGGUCCUGGAGAUGUUCGACUGGAAUCUGGAGCAGGCCAGCUCCCACCUGCUGGACCCCUACAGCACUGCCAGGCAGAAGCGGUGACAGCAGCAUGGGGAAGCCGAGGAGCCUGAUGUGGAGUGGACGCUGCCCGAGAUGCAGUCACGGGGUUGUCUGCACCCCACCCCCUGUGGGACCCGCUGCUGGACUCUGGAUGGAGCCCCUGCCGACGUGGGAGAGGGCCCUGGGGCAGGGCAGAGCGGAGCGAGGGCCGGGGCCAGGACUGCCGAGGCGCCCUCUGGGCCCCGCUGAGCUAUGCCCUGAGCCCGUGGUGGAAUUGCUUUUGUAAAGAGAAAUGUAAUUUUAAUAUAUACAUCUCUAUAUCUAUAUAAAUAUUCUAUUGGAGAGGAGCA